CGAAAUUGAAUUUCAAAAGCUAAGCUAGAGAGGGAGGAAGGGGACUCAAAGCCAGCGAAACCAAUUCAAAGAAUUCUUCAUCUGCGUGUGUGUGGUUUGUGUAUAUGUACAUUGGAGUGUACAUACGCGCAUUUGUAUCUAUAUGCGUCUGUAGGGAUCGAGCUACCUCUCAAUUGGGACGGAGAUUUUUUUUUUGUCCUUUGAAUUUUGUGGUGUUUUAAUUGCGAGCUUGUUAAAAUUAUGACAGUCGAAUUCGAAUUGUUGGUUCCUUUUGGUUUUCGUGAUUUGGAAUUCAAACAAUUUUGGGGGGGAGUUCUCGAGCGGAAAAAUGAGUGAUUUGGAGUAGUAUUUAUUUGAGUUAUCUUUUUUGUUGUAAAAUUGUUUGGUGAAAUCUUUGUUGUGGGAUUUUCGUUUCGUAAUUUGUUUUUCUUCAAUGGAGCAAAGAGAUGAACAUGAUUUCCCUCCAAAAAAGCCGCCGCCGCCGCAACCGGAAGCGACGACGGCAGGAGUUGAUUUCCCAGCGAGGAAGCUGGUGAGGCAGCUGGAUUUUACUGGUGGCGCGUCGACGAUGGAGCAGCGGCAGCAAGUGAAGCUGGAGCAACCUCCUCCGCAGUUGCUGUCUCAUUUAGUGAAGCCGCCGCCGCAGAUGCUCUUCAUGACUAUGCAGCAACCACCUCCGCCGCCCUCUCAUCCUUCUGUUCGUCCUCCUCUGAAACCCGAAUCACCAAGAUCACGGCCCGGACAAAAUGUGAAUGAAAUAAAAGAUGGUACUCCAAAGAAGCAAAAGCAGUGUAAUUGCAAACAUUCUCGGUGUUUGAAGUUGUACUGUGAAUGUUUUGCUUCUGGAGUCUAUUGUGAUGGUUGCAACUGUGUGAACUGUCACAACAAUGUUGAAAACGAUACUGCUAGACGUGAAGCUGUUGAAGCUACUUUGGAGCGUAAUCCAACUGCUUUCAGGCCAAAAAUUGCCAGCAGUCCUCAUGGAGCUCGGGAUAACAGGGAGGAGGCUGGCGAAAUUGUUUCAGGGAAGCAUAAUAAGGGAUGCCACUGCAAGAAAUCAGGGUGCCUUAAGAAGUACUGUGAAUGCUUCCAAGCAAAUAUUCUUUGUUCUGAAAAUUGUAAAUGCAUGGACUGCAAAAAUUAUGAAGGAAGCGAAGAGAGACAAGCUCUCUUUCACGGCGAUCAUGUUAACAACAUGGCCUUUAUCCAGCAGGCAGCAAAUGCUGCCAUCACCGGCGCUAUUGGAUCAUCUGGUUAUGGGUCUCCCCCGCUGACUAAAAAGCGGAAAGGUCAGGAUAUUUACUUUGGAUCAGCCGUAAAAGAUCCAGUACACAGGCUUGGACAGUUACAACAGCAGGCUACCCAUACUAAGGCUUCUGUACCUUCCACUUUAUCGUCUUCAGUUACUGUUGCUCAUCCAGUUAGUACACCGACCUUGGGUUCUUUGAAAUUUACUUAUAGGUCUCUAUUAGCUGACAUCAUUCAGCCCCAGGAUUUAAAGGAACUUUGUUCUGUGCUUGCGGUAUAUUCAAGAGAAGCUGCGAAGAUGCUUACAGAGGAGAGAAAUGCAGCUGAAAAGCAAGCAGAAGAAUCUCGGAAAACCUCACUGGCUUCAACCAUCCAAGAUGGGUCUCAAAGCCAGAAGCAUUCUGAAGCUGAAAAGGCUGAGGCUAACUAUCAUUCAUCUGAAAACCAGGCCGAGAAAGUUGCACCCGAGGAAUCUUGUUCAGAUGGAGCUGAUGUAUCAAAAGGAAGGCCGAUGUCUCCCAGCACGUUAGCCCUAAUGUGUGACGAACAAGAUACAAUGUUCACCGCUGCUCAUUCCCCUAGUAGGUUAGAGGUUCAGAAUAACGUGUCUUCCCAGUUGCCGCUUGAGCACAGGACGACUGAAGCAUACGAGGAGCAAGAAAGAAUUAUUCUAACAAAGUUCAGAGAUUGUCUUAACAGGCUGAUCACCUUAGGAGAAAUAAAAGAAACCACAUAUUCUUCGUUGGCACGAACAGAGGCGGACGGGGAGAGGGGACUAUCGAGCAAUGGCAUUUCAAAUCAAAGAAGUGAUGGUAGAAAUCAACAACAACAGCACACAGACAAUGGUGUUGCGAAAAUUGGUGUUCAUCGACAGAGUUCUGCUGCUCUGAAUAAUGUGCCAUUCCUGCGGAUAAGCAUGCCUGCGGAAAAUGGUGAUGUAAGAAGGAAAAGUGAAAGAGAGUCAUAACAUGUGUAGGAUUUAGACAUAACAAAUGUAUGCUGCUACAUCCAUGUAUUUGCAAGCCCAAAACAUUCGGCUUUUCUUCGGUGUGGCGGCAAACACUAAAUAUACAGAGCCAUUGAUGUUAGAGUUGAUUCAAAUGUAACGAAUCUUGUAACUUAUCAUUCAUAAAAUUCAAUUUAAAAUGCAACUUUUUCUA